UCAUUUCAUUUUCUUUUAUUUAAGCACUACAAUAACAUGCUCUACAACACUGGAGCUAUCUGCAACUAACUAAUGUAUACUAUGGCAAGAACUUCUCAAUGUCUAUUUUAACUGACUUGCUGGUCUACAAGCUACGUUACAGAAUGGCAAACUCUGAUGAUGAUAUCAGCUUAAGCAAAAAUGAGGAUGGUAAUAUUUCAGCCUCAUAUGAUCCUAAAAAGGGAUAUUUCAAUAAAGAUUCCAACAGAGAGGACAGUCCUGGAACUUCCCCUGGGAGCCAGUCAGAGAAUGUCAGCAUAUCUGAUUUGCAAAAUGCAACGGAUAGCAGCGUUUUGAUUCACGCAGAGAAUCAAGAUCUUGGUGAACCAUCUUUGACGUCAACACCAAUAGCAAGGCUAAAUUCACAGACCUCAUAUACAGUCAUGUCUGACAGAGCACCUCUUUUGAGAUCUGCUGCUUUAGAUGCAUGUUUAGCAGAUGACAUGUCAGAGCUGUCAUGUGGCUGUAGUGAUCCUAUUAGCAGUAAUGGCUCACCAACUCAUGGAUCUAUGAAUAAUAUACUAGUAUCAUCACAGUCACAAAACAGAGAUGCUCUUAUGAUGCCAGGUGCAAUUAGAGUUCCCAUAAUUGGUCAUGAGACUAUGGAGGCUCGAUCUAAAUUUACAGUGUUCAAAAUUCAUGUUAUGAUGGAGGAAGAUGAUCUUGGUUGGUUUAUAUUUAGAAGAUAUUCUGAUUUUUGUCACCUUAAUGAUCAGCUUGCAGUCCUAUUUCCAAACUUUAGACUCUCUUUGCCCCCUAAAAGAUGGUUUAGAAGUAAUUUUGAUAUAGAAUUCCUAGAAGAACGUCAGUUGGGCUUGCAAGCGUUUCUCAACAAUAUAACAGGACACAGAGAUAUAUGCAACAGUCAACCUGUUAGAGACUUUUUCUGCUUUGAUGAUCCACCUGGUGCGCAUGACAGUUUAGAAGAGAGCCGGGCUCAGUGUGAGAGUAUGGAGGAACUAGUUUAUAGACUGCGCAAAGAGCUGACUGAGAAAGUGACAGAGAUAAGUCUUCUGAAAGAAGAAAAUGAACUAUUUAAAAAUCAAGUACAGCUAUUGUCUACUAGACUUAGUGAAUUGAAUAAUAUUAUGAGCAAAGAAAAAUCAGCAGACAAGCGCAGAAGCUUAACAGGUAGUGGUUUACAGAGUCUGGACUCAGUAUUUGGCUCAGGAGACAUUAUGAAAUCACUCAAGCAGGAAGAAAAAAUAAUUGAGGCAGUCCCAGAACAGCAACCAGCUAGUUAAGCAUUAUCUACAUGUAUAAGCAUCACAUGAUGUCUUUACAAGCUUGCAAUGCUUACACAUUUUACAUGGGUAAUUCAAUUGUUUUAAUGUUGACUUUGUGUUUACACUUGACACAUGUGCCUUGAUAAAUCCUUUCAUGCAUCUUGGGUUUUACAGUACAUGUACAAAAUGUACAAGAUCUUAUGAUAAUGUAUCAGUCAACAUUUCAUAUGUUGAAAUAUUAAGUUUUUAACUCAAAAAGAAGUUUUUAAUUGAUUCUUUAUUUUUAGAUCUUGCUUAAAAGACAUUUUUCACUAUACAUUUUUUUUUACUGUCCAUUGUUUAACCCUUUAGCUCCUUUUGCAGUCAGGGAACGUUUUCUCGUUUUAGUCCUUAACCUGCGUAAAACUUUUCUAAGAUCCACAUUUCAAUGUUUGCUUCAAACUGUUAAAAUAAUAUAUUUCUUCUAGUCUUGUUGUGAGCGUGAUUAGAAAUCAUUUCAGAGAUUUCUUCUUCUAUUUUUAGUAAAAUCUGGAAGAUUUUUUAUUGCUUAUAGAAUUUUUCAAAUGAACCAUAGCCCCCAGUGUAUAAGCCCUCACUUGGGAAAAUGAAGCUUAUUUAUAUUCUAAAGGUAUUAAAAGUAUAUAUUUUUUUAACUAGACAUAUCAUUGUAUUUUUAAAAGUUGUUUGUUUAUUUUUUAGUGUGAGAUCUUAUAUUUUAUUAUCUUUUCAUAAUGUUUAUUUUUUAGGAUUUUUAUUAUUCAGAAUUAUCCCUCUUCGCUUACCAAUUGGGAAGGAUUUUCUCAAACCAGAACUAGGAGCUAUUGGGUUAAAGAAAAAAAAAUUGUUCACUUCUUCUUUAAACUAACUUGUAUAACAAGCAAGUGGAAUCUGUUUCUUUCAAUGAUAUUUGAAUUUAUUUUUAUAAUUAUUAAUUGGUUGUUGAUUUUUUUUUUUUAAACUGUAGCUUUUAUGGUUUUCAUUUAUUCUUUUCAUAUUUUAUUUGUAUGCUGUAUUAUCUGCUUAGUUGUUGUCAUUGGUUAAAGGUCCUUGUUUAUAACUUUAGCUUGAAAAUAUUUUUACUUUUACUUUUAGAAAAUCUGGUAUUGUUUUUUUUGUUGUUUUUUUCUGUCUGUUCAUUACAUUUAGAGAUGUCACAUUGAAAAUAUGACUUGACCUUCACCUUUGUUGUGCUGAAAAUAGCUGCAAUGGGACAGUUACUCUUCUUAAUGUGAACCCUUUGGUGUUAGUCAUGAAGUAUGCUGAUAUUGUAAUACUUAAUAUUAUCUAUUUAAAAGCCAUUUUUACAACAUGAUUAUUAAGGCAGUCUUCAUUAUUUAGUAGCUAAAUAGUUUCUAAAUUAUCAGAAACUCCCAAAAGAUUGACACAUAAUCCUUAUUUAAUAAUUUUUGUCUCAUGUUGGUUCAGGUUACUUUAAUGUCACUGGUUAAUAUGAUUUACAUGUGAACUUGUUUGUAUAAUGUAGUAGGUGUCAUUAACCUGUUUCUGGCUGCCUUUGAAUUUGUAUAAUUCAAACUCCCUUUGUCAUCUUUUUUUUUCUGCAAUGAAUCAAUCAGUUUUAAGUAUUAUAUUUUACAUUUGUUUAAAUAUCAAGCAUCUGUAAGGAAAAAAAAUCUCAUUAAUUUUAAUAAUGGAUCUAGGACAUUGAAUAAUCUAAUCAUGCAUUACAUAGCAUUGUUCAAUCAACAAAAGUAAUUAACAUUACAAACAACUUUGUCUUUCACCAUGGCUUUCAUUCCUUUAUAUUAUUUGGUUGUGCUACAGAAGUAAAGUAAAGUUGUACAAAGUUUGAUGCAGUCACACUUUGUAAUAUUUUUCUUGACAAUCCUGCCUUUCAGUAAAACUAUUGUGUACAAUCAUUACAUUUUAUACAGUGGUUGCUUUUUAUACUUUUUUUUUUCAGCAUUAAUGUCAUUUUGAAAUCCAGAAAAUAACUUGGCCCUGCUGUUUUUUUUUUUCAGCAAUUUUUAAAAAAUCUAUUUAAAUUUUUGUGUCACUUUUACUGUACUUUUUUGUCUUUUAGCUUCUAGCUUUGCAUAUUGGAGGCUUGAAGUAAAUGUUUGUCUUUGAAAACAUUCUUGCUUUGAAAACAAACUUGUUAUAUUAUAUUUUGGUUGGGCACUGCAAACAUGACAUUUGUUUUUUGUCUGUAUUUCUACAUGGUAUGAAAUGUUUUGGUUUGGCUCUGCUACAAGGUACAUAUUUUUUUUUUUAACACUGCUACAUAGCAUAUGAUGCUUUUGUUCAUGACUGCUACAUGGUAGACAAUGUCUUGUUCAGCACUGCUACAUGGUAUAUGAUGUCUAGUUCAGCACUUCUACAUGAUGUUUUGUUCAGCUAAAUGGUAUAUAAUGUUUUGUUCAGCACUGCUAACUAGAUGAAACUUUAUAGUUGUAUCAUAAUUUCCUAAUUCUUUAUAUUGAUAAUUGCUCAAUAAGCUUGUAUUCUAUACAAUUUUUCUUUGACAUAUUUGUAUGAACCAUGUAUUCUCAGAUAUGGAUAACCUCUGUUCACUUUUGUAUCUAUAGAUUAGUUUCAAAAUGUUUUCAAUGUUAAAAACAUUAAAGACAAUUCAGUUUUGUUUUUGUAAAUUUUGUUUUCUAUAAAUAUGGCUUUUUUUUUGUUCCAAAGCAAGGGAUAUAGUUUCCUUGGUCCUAUGAAAGGUUUGACUAGAUUUAUGAAUUGAUCUUUUUUGUAAACAGAUGAAUUAAUAAUUUGGAUGCAUUUUAAUCUCAAAUAUGAAAGUUAUUGGACUUGCAUUCAUAGUGAACACUUUGGCCUGUUGUAUUCUGUUAAUGGAAAGCUUUUCAAACAAUACUAUCAUUCCUAUAAUUGAAUUCCUGUAAUGUUGAGGUACACGUAUGACCUUUGCUCAUACAUUGAAAAACUGACACUUAGGUUUCCAGUUUCAUUUUUAUAACCAGACUGUCAAAGACUGUUACUGCUUUCAUUCACCAAAAGUUAAAUCUUGACAUUCAGACAACCAGUUUCUAUCUUCAAUUAGGUCUCAAAAAUGUUUUGUAUUUCUUUUAAAAGAAUUACAUGCACUUGUAAAAAAGAAAAUUAUUUAGUAUAAUUCUUCUAGCACAUUUUAAUAUUGCUUGUGACAUUUUCUUAUCAGGUGUUUCACUUGUAAAAAUUUAAUUUUUAAACCAUGCAUGUUGACUGACACAUUUUCUUGAAUCUGACUUUUUUUAGAUCUAAUAUACUGUAUGAGAAAUAUCUGAUUAUCCUAAGUUUUAUUUUUUGUGUCCGUCCCCAGCACUGAUACAAACAUGUAUUUUUUUUUUUUACUUUAAUAAACAAGAUCUGUACAAAUGGUACAAUAUCUGUAGAAAUGAGUCUGAAGCAAUAGUAGUGUUGUCUUAUAAUUCUGAAUGUUUGAUCUCUAAUUACAGUCAGAAUAACAAUCAUUUCAAAUAAGAUAUUUGGUAACCAUUUUGAUUUUAUAAUUGAAUUUAGAUCAUAUAUUAUAUGCGUAGUGGCGUAGCAUCCAUGGCACGAAGGGGUUCAAUGAACCCGGGCCCACGACCAUUAGGGGCCCACAGCCCAUAGAGUAGCAACAUUGACGCAUUAGGUUUUCAUUGCACUUGAUCAUGACCAAUUAGGGCCCACAUGAGCCAAAGUGAAAAAAAAAUGCACUUUAGUAAAAGUAGACUAGCAUCAUUUCACUAUUUUUUUCGUGGCUGCCAUGGUUUUAAGACUCUAUUAGAUGUACGGAAUAAUAGCUGAUUCAAAGGUAAUGACAUUAUUACUUACUUGCAUUGGAAUGUCUUUUGAUAAAUGUCCCGAUACAUACAGGCUUUUAGAAUUUUGUCACACACUAAAUUGGUUUUAUGGGGGAAGGGGCCCACCAAAAUAUUCGUGAACCCGGGCCCACGCGUACCUUUCUACGCCACUGCACUGCAUAUGCAGCAUCUUUUUUCUUAGCUCUAAGGACCUGAAAUUGAAUAUCUCUAGUAUUGUUCACUUAUGAAUGAAUUAUUGUAACCCAAAUGGUGAUUAGACAUGAUUGUUUUGAUACAGUAGCAUCAAUGAAUGAGACUUGCAGUCCUUAGAGUGACCAUUGGGAAUGUGGAAAGAGAAAAUAGUGACUUUAAGAUAAUGAAGUGAAUGAUUUCCUCAGUGGGCUGCAUGGAAGAAGUGCAGUUUGAAAUGAAUGUUAAGCAUUAAGAAGGGCUCAAUCUCAGCUCUAAUGAUGUUUUGUUUUUUUAAAUCUUUAUUUGUGAUAUAAGAAAAUGUAUUAUUUUGGUACCUAAAAAUAUAUAAUGUUGGUUGAACUAGUCUUUUAUUUUAUUUUGUAAUAUUAUCUGGCAAUAUUUUUAUAUCUUAAUCAUUCUUUUUUUUUUCAGUAUUAUUUCUCUCUAAGUUUAUGUAACUACAUGCAACUUGGAAACAUUGUAUCUACUUUUGUAUACAAUGAUCUUUCUUUUUUUUUAUUUGGCCUGUCAUGUUGCAUGUUCAAUUUUUAAUUAUGAAAACUAAACUAGCUACAAUAUGUGAAGAAGUGUAGAACCUGAACUGUACAACUUUUUUAUCCUGUGCACAUUGAUGCUAAGACUAUCAUUAGACAUGUGAUUGUUUUAACCAACCAAAUUGAUGAAAAACACUUUUCUGUUUUUACUUACUGACAAACAAGAUUUUGUUGUGUUGGAUUUAUACAUGUAAGUGAUUUCACAAUGAUUUUUAUUUUGUGAAACAGUUACAACUUUGAGUAAGAUUAGACAAGUAAACAAGUUGUUGUUUAUUCGAAUGGAAACAAUUUUGGUUUAAAUAACUUAUUAGUUAAAUAUUUUCAAUUUUAAAUAGCUUCUGUUACAUAAUGGACUUAAUGGACUAUGGAAUAAUCAUAAGAUGACAAUUUAAAAAGAAAUAAACCAGUUACAAAAAUAUGUUUCCUUUUGGUAGGUUUUAAUCUCCCAUUUACAUGGAUUCCUACAAUUCUAAAGGAAUUGUUCAUGUGUGUUCUAGUUUUAUUUCUGUGUCAUGAAAUAUUACAUUUUUUAUUUGGCUUAAAUAAAAUUGGCUUUAUUUGAAAUAGCAAAUAGAUCUAGGUUCUAGAAUUUAGAUCUAUUACAAACAUGAUAUUAUGUAUCUAUCGGGAUCUUGAUCUAAUCUAAUGGUUUUAGUUGUAUUUUAUGUUUUGUUCAUCAAUCAGAUGUUUCAUCAAUAAACAUGAUUGUAUUUAGAAAGAGUAGAAAUAAACGGAUGAAAUAUAAAUCCAUUUAUUUGCUUAUAAGUUAUUUGUAGUCUUAAUGUAAAACAGAAUUAUAUUCCCAAGGCUAGUUUUUCAUUACAUGAGAUUUUUUAGUGCUGCAGUAAUGUUAGUUGACCGUGCCAGAUUAAACAUAAAAACUCUAAUGAUAAAAUUCAUUUGAACUGGAGACUUAAUACUUCCAGAGGCUGGGCAAUGAAAAAAAAAAAAAGAAAUUCAAUAGGGAUAAAUUUCAAGAGAGAUAACAUUACACAAAAACUUGGUCACGAAACUUUCAAUGUUUCAAAUUUUCGAUAUUGUAUUCGUUUGUAAUUGUAUAAUCCGAUAUACUAUAGAUACUGUUUUAUUUUUAUCAAAGUCUUAGCUUGACGAAUACAAGAGUUAUACGUCUGCAAAUUCUCAGCAAAUUUUUUUUUUUCAUUUCAACAAUUUUAUUUCCUUUGAGGAUUUAGAUCUAAUCAGUCUUUUUUUAAAGCAAUUAUUACUAGCGUAAGUAUUUUUUAUUUUUAAAUUAGUUUCUGAAAUCGAGUAUGAAGUAUAAUUUGAUAUGAGGCGACAUUGACCAUAUAAGGAAGUGGUCAAAGGAUACGUUCUCAUGUAGAUAUAUGUCACUGGGGCGUAGUGUAGUAAGCUGCAAGAUACAGUCACUUAGUAACCAACGUGGGCUGUUAGUGAUAGGUCGUGGCUGUAGGUGGCACCAAAUCCAUCAACCUAUUAGCCUCUUUGUCGUGGCACUAAGUCCAUCAACCUAUUAGCCUCUUUGUCGUGGCACUAAGUUCAUCGACUCAUUGGCCAAUUUGUCGUGGCACUAAGUCCAUCAACCUAUUAGCCUCUUUGUCGUGGCACUAAGUCCAUCAACCUAUUAGCCUAUUUGUCGUGGCACUAAGUUCAUCGACUCAUUGGCCAAUUUGUCGUGGCACUAAGUCCAUCAACCUAUUAGCCUCUUUGUCGUGGCACUAAGUCCAUCAACCUAUUAGUCUCUUUGUCGUGGCACUAAGUCCAUCGACUCAUUGGCCAAUUUGUCGUGGCACUAAGUCCAUCAACCUAUUAGCCUCUUUGUCGUGGCACUAAGUCCAUCAACCUAUUAGCCUAUUUGUCGUGGCACUAAAUCCACGGAGAAAGUUUAUUCAAGUACCUACCAGUAAGACGAACAAGAAUAAUAAAUCCUGACAAUACAAUAUUUAAACACGUUCUUUCAUUCUUUAAAAAAUCCUAAAUUCUGCUGUUCAGAUCAUUAUCAACAAACAAAGACCAGUUGGACACAUUGUCGCGAAAAAACAUUCUUAAGGAAGCCAUAGAAGAAAAAAUUAGAAGACUCAAAUCAAAAAAAAAAAAAGCCUUGAAAUUUAUUACAAACGAAUUUUCACAUUUGAUAAGAUUAACAACCGUAGCUAAAUCACUAAAUUUAAAUAGUAAAAAAGCAAUAGGCCUACUACAUAAGACACUGAAUUACAGAUACAAAAAAACACAGACUUAAGAAAAUACUCAAAAAGACACAAAGAUAAAGGCACAUGUCUUAUUCCGUAUGCUAGGACUAAUUCGUAUAAGUCUUGGUUUUACCCUAGAGCUAUUAGAGCAUGGAAUGGGUUGCCUUAAUCAGCCAGGAAAACCAACGACCCAGCAGAGAUGAAAUCUUUAAUACACACGUACAACGGGAUGGACACGUGGAUACGCGUAGGAUGUCAUUCUCUUCGUUUUGUUAGUAACUUAGUCAACGUAUGAGGACGAUAGGACAGUGCUAUUCUUUACAAAUCGAUAAAAGUCUCUCGGCUUUAGUAUUUGUCUUUAAGAAAAAAAAGGUACAGUCAAGUAAAGUUUCCAAUAUUUUUAUAUAUUUAAUUGACAGUUAUGUUUGUGUGAAAGUUUGUUUGCAAAAUUUCACUCCUUUACUUUCCUACAAUCUGGGGAGUCUCGAUACAUUGAAAUGUAAAGGUUGAUGAAUUCAUUUAUUUAUAGCUUCUAAUAUUUUCUUAAAACAGUGUUUUAAUUUUAAAAAUGUAUAUAUUGAUUGUAAUAAAUAAUAUACAUUUUACUCGCGCGCGCGCGCGCGCGCGCGCACACACACACACACACACACACACACACACACACACACACACACACACACACACACACACACACACACACACACA